AUUUGUCUGUGCGGAUAAAAUAGCAGACACGUCCUCUUCACUCUCCCCUUUUUUGCAUGUACACUCUUUCACUGAACCAUUCAACAAUAUGCAUCCAUUUUCCCCAAAUCACUGAAUUUGCUGCUCAAUUUCUUUGCAAAACAAUGAUCCGAUUGAGAUAUCGGAGGAUUGAGAUUGGUACUGGUGAUGGAGGAAUUUCGAAUUUAGGUUUUGGCAAAAGAGGUAUUGUUACAAGCUGUAGAGCUGUGUUGUUGCCGCGAUUUGGUGGACCGGAGAUGCUUGAGUUUCGUGACAAUGUAUCUGUUCCUGAUCUAAAACCUAAUCAAGUGCUUGUUCGUGCUCGUGCUGUUUCAAUCAAUCCGCUUGAUACCAGAAUGCGAUCAGGCUAUGGACGUUCAAUUUUUGAACCACUUCUACCAUUGAUUUUGGGCCGAGAUAUAAGUGGUGAAGUUGCAGCUGUUGGAAAUUCUGUCAAGUCACUUACAGUUGGGCAGGAUGUAUUUGGUGCUCUGCAUCCAACCGCUGUGAGGGGUACUUAUACUGACUAUGCUAUUCUUGCGGAAGAUGAACUUGCUCCAAAGCCGGGAUCACUUUCACAUGUGGAAGCCAGUGCUAUCCCUUUUGCUGCUCUAACUGCUUGGCGUGCGCUAAAAAGUACUGCCAGAAUAAGAGAGGGGCAUAGGGUAUUGGUCAUAGGUGGAGGAGGAGCAGUAGGUUUCUCUGCAAUUCAGCUUGCUGUGGCUGCAGGCUGCCAUGUUUCUACUACGUGUGGAGGAGAGAGUAUAAGUCGCAUUUUAGCAGCCGGUGCUGAGCAGGCCAUUGACUAUACCAGUGAGGAUGCUGAAGUAGCACUUAAGGGGCAUUUUGAUGCUGUCUUGGAUACAAUUGGUGUGCCAGAUACAGAGAGAAUGGGCAUUAGCCUUUUAAAGAAAGGUGGACACUACAUGACGUUACAGGGGGAGGCUGCAUCGGUGACUGAUAGGCAUGGACUAGCUAUUGGUCUUCCUAUGGCAGCAGCCAUCUUGCUGAAGAAGCAAAUCCAAUAUCGAUAUUCUCAUGGAAUAGAAUAUUGGUGGAAUUAUAUGAGGGCUGAUGCUGAGGGUUUACAUGAGAUACGCCGGUUAUCUGAGGCUGGGAAGCUUCAACUCCCAGUAGAUAAAACUUUCCCAAUUUCACAGGUGAGAGAGGCUCACGAGGCCAAGGAUAGACGACAAAUUCCUGGCAAAGUGGUGCUAGAAAUUGACUGAUUUAACUGGACGAUCUUAACCAACAGUGCGUGGAUUCAGUGCACAAGUCUAUAAUAUCUCAUGCAAUCUGGUAUUACACUGAAUCCUUGAUGCCUAUUGCCUCGUAUACGAUAUCAUCUCUUUGCAGAAUAACCAGACCCAACUUACACUCUGUUGGCAUCUAUAGGAAGAAAACUGUGCAACCUGUAAAUUCUCAGGACAUUCUCAAUCUUUUUUCUUUUCUUCCAAGUAUCCGUCAUUGUUUCUAUGUUGCGUUAAACAUUUAAGUGAGCCAUUUAUCGUGCUCGUGACAGGAAAAUGCAUUGCGAAUGGUCGUACUAUGUCACAGGGGAGAUGUCUGUUAUUUUUUAGAAAAAAAAGAAAUAGAUAAUUAUGUUCUGAAUUUGGUUGCAAUUUUCAAAUUUACUUACUGGUGAAUUAAGGGUGAUUGCUAAAUA